UCCUUCUCAUAUUACUCUCUCUCUCUCUCUCCAAGUACGUGAUCUCUCCUUUCUCUCUCGCGUAUAUGGGGGCUGCGUUUUCCGGUUCAGCCGAAGAGGGUAUUGGCGCUGAGAGUACCGACCCGUGGAAGCCGGGUCUCGGGGAAAUACCCGAGUGCUGCGUAGCUCUGGUUCUGAUCAAUCUGGACCCUCCAGAGAUUUGUAAAUUGGCCCGAAUAAACCGGGCUUUCCGUCAAGCUUCCUUGGCUGAUUUCGUAUGGGAAUCCAAAUUACCAGAAAAUUAUCCGAGUCUCGUGAAGAAGCUUUUCGAUGGAAGAAAUCCAGAGAUCGGUUUGUCCAAGAGAGACAUCUACACUAGAUUGUGUCGUCCCAUUCCCUUCGAUGGUGGAACCAAGGAAGUAUGUAUGGAGAAGAGAAGUGGAGGAAUUUGUGUUUCCAUUUCUUGGAAGGGAAUGAAAAUAACUGGUAUAGAUGAUCGGAGAUACUGGAAUCACCUCCCAACUGAUGAAUCCAGCUUCCACACAAUUGCAUACCUUCAACAGAUAUGGUGGUUAGAAGUAGGAGGAGAGAUGGAUUUCCAAUUUCGAUCAGGAACCUAUAGCCUUUACUUCCGCCUCCAGCUCGGUAAACCCAUGAGAAGACACGGCCGGAGGGUCUGUGACCUAGACCAGAUACAUGGUUGGGAUAUCAAACCAGUUCAGUUUCAGUUUUCCACGUCCAACGGGCACCAUGCCACGACCCGGUGCUAUUUGAACGAUGCGGGGAAGUGGGUUCACUACCAUGUGGGAGAUUUUCCUGUUGACAGCCCCGGAACAACAAUGAAGAUCAAGUUCUUAAUGACACAGAUUGAUUGCACACAUACAAAAGGUGGCCUGUGCUUAGACUCUGUGCUGAUAUUGCCCAAGGAAUUAGUUCUUUUGUGAUCUGGGGAGAGGUUAAGGCAGUUUUAAGUGCUUGCAAUUAACCUUAGUACUUGUUCUGGUAGUUGGGUUCCUACUUGUGUAUUACUAGAAGAAAUAAAUGAACAUUUUUUCCUUUUUGGUUCUUUUAUUUGCUUGGUUAAACCUCAGGGACUCAAAAAAUGGCGUCGUAGUCAAAUCUAAUGCCUAUGGCAAAAAGAAAGAGCAUCUGACUGGUUUUAGCCUCCAGCAGCCAAUAAUUUGCAGAAAUCAGAAAACACCAGAUGACAUGAAAUCCAAGGAAUUAAAUUGGCGAAAUACCAUAAUACAGCUUCAAGCAUCAUCAUAUCCACUAUGUUACACUUGGCAACCGAAAUCCCACAGUCAAAGGGGGGGCGGAUUCCAGAAAGAGAUCAAGGGAUAAACUUUGAUACCUACUCACUACAAUUGCUUGACAUCAACAACUCGCGCCACAAUACACGGCAGAAAAAAGAAA